AUGACCUCACCAUUCGGCUUUACCCUGCAAAGACCUCUUGCUCUACUCCCUCAAUCACCAGCAAAUGUCAAUACCAAAUUCCGCCUGUACACACGUACACAGCGAGCCACCCCGCUAGAUCUUGAGGCUGUCAAUGUGAAAACAAGUCUCCAGACAACCUGGCCAGAUUUUUCACCCAGACCGACCAAAUUUGUCAUCCAUGGAUUUCUCGAUGGUACAGAGAUGAACGCGAGGUCUAAGGAUUUGAAAGAAAAGCUACUGACCCAGGGAGAUUACAACGUUAUUCUGGUGGACUGGUCAGCGGGGGCAGUAACCACCUACACUCAAGCUAAGGCCAACACCCAGCUAGUGGGGGCUCAGAUAGGUCUUCUCAUCAACCAACUCGUGGGAAAGUACAAUGUCAAGGCCAAAGAUAUCCAUAUCAUCGGACACAGUCUGGGGGCUCACAUAGCUGGCUACGCUGGUCAGAGGGUCAAAGGUCUAGGGAGGAUAACAGGUUUGGACCCAGCUGGACCGGACUUCGAGGAAACGCCAGCGGAAGUGAGACUGGACCCAACUGAUGCCAUGUUUGUUGACGUCAUACACUCCGACAUUGGGGAUCUUAUCAAUUUCCAUUUUGGAAUCAAACAGUCUGUAGGUCACGUUGACUUUUUCCCGAAUUCAGGUUACAAGCAACCAGGAUGUAGCCAGUCAACAAUCGAUUCGAUUAAACAAUGGGGACUCAUUAGCGGUGUAAAGGGAAGGUUAACCUGCAACCACAGUCGUGCCGUUGAACUGUUCGCUGAGAGCAUCAACUCCGGCUGUAGGUUCAGGAGUUACCCGUGUGAUAGUGAGGACAAAUUUAAAUCAGGACAAUGCACCACCUGUGGUCCAUCUGGUUGUGCCAACAUGGGAUUCUGGGCUGACACCAACAAGAACGCUACAGGCAAAUAUUACAUCAAGACAAAUGGUGCUGCACCUUUCUGCACGUCUUGA